GCAGCAGCCCGAGCAGCAGCAGCAGCAGCCUGAGCAGCGGCAGCAGCGGGCGGCUGCCCCUCAGCGCCUCCGUGGCCUUCUCCGACCUGACCGAGGACCUGCUGGACUGCAGGCCCGACGCCUUCCUCCGGGAGCUGGAGGAGCUCCGCUCCGAGAACGAUUAUCUCAAGGAUGAGAUGGAGGAGCUGCGUGCGGAGAUGCUGGAGCUGCGCGACGUGUACAUGGAGGAGGACGUGUACCAGCUGCAGGAGCUGCGGCAGCAGCUGGACCAGGCCGGGAAGACCUGCCGCAUCCUGCAGUACCGCCUGCGCAAGGCCGAGCGGCGAAGCCUGCGGGCCGCCCAGACCGGACACGUGGACGGGGAGCUCAUCCACAGCCUCGAGCAGGACGUCAAGGUGUCCAAGGACAUCUCCGUGCGGCUCCACCAUGAGCUGGAGGCGGUGGAGAAGCAGCGGGCCAAGCUGGAGGAGGAGAACGAGGCCCUGCACCAGCGACUCGUCGAGACCCAGUUGGCCAAGCAGGUGCUGCACAACGAGCUGGACAAGCUGCGAGAGCACUCACUGAAGAAACGGGGCACGCGUUCUCUGGGGAAGGCGGAGAAGAAGCCGUCGAUCCAGGAGGACAGCGCGGACCUGCGGUGCCAGCUGCACUUCGCCAAGGAGGAGUCGGCCCUGAUGUGCCGCAAGGUGACCAAGCUGGCCCGGGAGAACGACAGCAUGCGCGAGGAGCUGCUGCAGUACCGCUCGCUGCACGGGGAGCUGGCCGGCCCCCUGACGGCCCGCGAGCUGGCCGAGGCCCCCCACGCCCGGGCCGCCGAGCUCAAGGCCCACCUGCAGCUGGUGGAGGAGGAGGCCACGCGGCUCAGCCGGCGCGUGGUGGAGCUGGAGGUGGAGACCCGCGGGCUGCGGGCCGAGGCGGACGAGCUGCGGGCCGGCCGCGGGGACGAGGACCGCGACGGCGGGGGCGACCCCGGGGGCCCGGCGGCCGGCGGGGAGUCGGGCGAGAGCGCGGCCGAGCUGAGGCGUCACCUGCAGUUCGUCGAGGAGGAGGCCGGCCUGCUCCGCCGCUCCCUGGCCGAGCUGGAGGGCCAGAACCAGGGCCUCGCCCGCGAGCUGGGCCGCUACCGGGCCGAGCGCCGGCCGGGGGACGAGGGGCCCCCCGGGGCCGAGGGGCCCCCGGGGCCCGGGGCCGAGGCCUGCGGGGAGGAGCUGGCCGCCGCCCGGGCGCAGGUGAGCGAGCUGAGCGGCAAGGUGAAGAAGCUGCAGUACGAGAACCGCGUCCUGCUGUCCAACCUGCAGCGCUGCGACCUGGCCGCGGGCUGCCCGGCCGCCCGCCCCGCCCUGGAGACCGACGCCGAGGCCGGAGACUCGGCCCAGUGCGUGCCCGCCCCGCCCUGGUCCCCGGGCCCCGGCGGGGCCGGCGGCCGGCGGUCCGGGGACGGCUCCGCGGACCCCCGCCUCGCCCGGCUCCUGAAGGCCCGGGGCCUGGACGGGCUGCCCGGCGUCCGCGAGCAGGCCGCCUCGGUGGGCCGGGCCAUCGACGGGCUGAUGGCGGCCGGCUCGGGGCGCCCCGGCGAGCCGGACGACGGCGGGGCCCCCGGGGCCGGCGAGCCGGGCGGCGCCCUGCUGGGCCGGCUCGGCGCCCUGCGGCGGGAGCUGGACGCCCUGGUGAGCAGCUGGAGGCGUCCUUCUCCGAGGGGACGCCGGGGGACCGGGACCCCAACAGGGAGGCGCCGGGCGAGGGAGCCCCGGGCGGCGGCUUUCAGCCGCCAGACGCCGGGUCCCCCCCCCGCCCGGGGUCCCGCCGGCGCCCGGUCCGGGGAGGGCCCCCACGGCGCCAGCGACGCGGACCCCAGGGCCGAGCUCGCCCACGGGUGCGGGACUUACCGAGCCGAGGACGGAGACAACUACGCCGCCGAGAUCAGGGAGCUGCAGCUGGUGCUUUCGGAGGCCCACGAGAGCCUGCGGGGCCUCCAGGCCCAGCUGGCCCAGGAGCGGCAGCUGCGCAAGGAGGAGGCCGAACACUUCAACCAGAAAAUCCUCCAGCUGAAGGCGGAACGUCACAAGGCGGCCCUGCGGCGGGAGUUCGAGGAGCAGAGCCUAAGCCUGCAGCGGCGGCUGGAGCAGAAGUUCUGGAGCCAGGCCGAGAACCUGCUGGCCGCCCACGAGACCCAGCAGUUCCGCCACGGCCUCCUCCUGCUCGCCCUCAAGCUCAAGGCCUUCCUCAAGCGCUGGAGGCAGGGCGACGUCCUGCCCGGACACGGAGACGGAGGCCCGGACGACUUCCUGGAGGUGAGCGGCGUGAAGGAGCUCUACCUGCUGCUUGAGGAGGAGGAGCGGAGCCCUCAGCUCGCAGACUGCGUGGGCAGCGCCUGGACCCUCAAUUCCCCCAACGAGCGCGCCCAGACCCUGGCCGACCUGAAGGGGGUCCUGCGGGAGCUGUGCGGGGAGCUGGGGGAGGAGCGGCGGGCCGCCGACGAGCUCCGCCAACAGUUUGCCAAGGCCAGGUCCGCCUGGGAGACCGAGAGGACCGAGCUCAAGUGCCACGUGGCGCAGCUGGAGCCGAAGGCCGGGAGAGGGCCGGGGGAGCGGGCCCCUCCGCCCGACUGGAAGGCGGCCCAGAAGCGGGAGCGGGAGGAGCACCAGCAGCUGCUGGCCGAGUCCUACGGCGCCGUGAUGGACCUGACCACGCGGCUGCAGCGCAGCGAGAAGAACCGGGCCCGCGACCAGGGCGACCUGCUGCGGCGCCUCCAGGAGGAGCGGGCCCGCGCGGACCAGCGCCUCCGCGACCUGCAGGCGCAGCUCGGCCGGCUGCAGAAGGAGGCGGAUUCCUGGGCCCUGAAGCGGACGGAGACGGAGACGGAGAAGGAGAAGAAGGACAGCGGCUGGAAGGAGACCCUCGGCGAGAAGGUCCUCGAUAAAGAGACGGAUGCUGAAUCUCAGGGAACCAACUUAAAGAGGACCAAGUCCAUCUCUUCGGUGUCCGAGUUCGAGAGCCUGCUGGGCUGCUCGCCCUUCCUCCCCGGCCAGGGGGCCCCGGGCCCCGGGGACCCCCGGCGCGAGCCGCCCGGCGCCGAGCCGGCCCCUCCGGCGGGGCCGGGCCGGGGCCGGGCCGGGGGCCCCGUCCAACGCAGCCACACGGCCCCCGACAAGACGGGCAUCCGCAUCUACUACAGCCCCCCCGUGGCGCGCAGGGUGGGCCCCUCGGCCGCCCCCCCCGGGGCCCGCGACGACCGGGUCCUGGCCGAGCCGGGCUUCCUCUUCACCUCGGCCAGGCCCCGGGGGCCCGGGGAGGCGGACCCGCUGGCCGGCAGCGCCUACGGCCGCUGGCUCUGCGACUUCUCCCGGCAGCGGCAGCGCCAGCAGCGGGAGGCGGGCCCGGCCCCGGCCCCGGCCCCGGCCCCGCCCCCGCUGGGCGACCUGGACCUGGCCAGCAACCUGAGCGACGACAUGAAGGAGAUGACCAACUGCGUGCGGCAGGCCCUGCGGUCCGGCUCCCUGGAGCGGCCCGCGCGCAGCGUGGCCUGUCAGACGGCGGGCCGGGCCAGCGUGGCCACCCAGACGGCCCGCACGGUCAGCGUGGGGCUGCAGACGGAGCCCCCCCGCGGGCCGCUGGCCGGGCGGGGCUGGGCCCCCCGGGGGUCCCCGCUGGGGCCCGGCCGCCCCAAGCCCGCCUCCCCGGCCCUGGACCGCGUCCACGCCCGCGUCGAGCGGCCCUGCUGCCCGCCCAAGGCGGGCUCGCCCCAGCUGCGGCGCCGGUCGGGCCCCAGGCUGGACGGGCCCCGGGAGCGCGGGGGCGCCUGGGUCCCGCCGCCGGGCAAGCAGAAGGGCUCGGCCUGGGCCCGCUCCACCACCACGCGGGACAGCCCCGUCCUGAGCGGCGUCAACGACGGCCUGUCCAGCCUCUUCAACGUGGUGGAGCACGGCGGGCCCGAGGCCGGGGCCAAGGCCGGGCCGGCCGACGGGAGGGGCCGCCCGGAGCCUCCCCGCUACGGCCUGGUGCGCGAGUUCUUCCGCAGCGUCUGCGGCCGCGCCCCGAGCCCCCCCGCCCGCGGCCGACCCUCCCCGGACGCCCGGGCCCAGGCCCAAGAAGGCGCCGAAGCCCGGCGGCGGGAGGAGGGCGGGACCGUCGGCCCCCCGCCCGGCGGGAGAGAGGGCUCGCCGCGGGACCCGGACACACCCCCGGCCCUCGCCUCGGAGGACCCCGUGUGCGGCUGCGGGGCUCAGCCGUCGGCCUCCUGCUUCUCCCGGGCCCCGCGCCCCCCCGGCCGCCCCGCGCCCGCCCCGUGCCGACUGCAUCCCCCCGACGCCGUCCGGACCGCCGACGAGAGGGCCGGCCCCUGCGCUGAGUGACCCAGCCCCCGCCGCCUCCGGACCUCAGGACGGCCCCGCCGCGGGGGGACCGGACCGGCCGCCCGCCCGCCGUCUUCGGAGCGGGAGCUCGGCGUUCGGACGCCGCCCCGGGCCUCGGACGGGCACCUGCGCGGGUGACGGGGAGGGGCGCCGGGCCGGGGGGGGCGGGCCGGGGCGCCGGCGACACGUCGCUCGGCCGGCCGAGCCGGGGGCGUCCAACGAGGGGCCGUGUCCCUCCGGCUCCACCCGCCCCGCUUCCCCGGACCGCCGGCCUCUCGCACCCGCCCCGACUGGCCCGGGCGCCCCGACCCACAGCGGGGCGCCCCGGCUCCGCGCCGGCCACCGCUCGGACGAGGGGCUCCUUUCCCCCGCCUCGCCGCCCCGCACGCCCGGAUCACCGGUCGGGGACCCCGUGCGGCGCGGUGACCGUCGGAGGACCCCGGGAAGGGCCGGACUGCGUCCCCCGCCCCGGCUGGGGCGGCGGGACGGUCGUGCCCGUCGCUUCCCGGGAGUUGCCCGCCCGGCGGGGGAACGUUGGAAUUAUCGCCCCGGGUGCGGCGGGGCGGGGGCCCCAAAUAGCGUCAGCUGCACCCCGCCCCGGGGUUCACCGCCAGACACCGGGCAGCCCGCGGAGGCGGGGGCCGGGCUCACACCCCUUUCCGUGGCGAGGACCCUUCGAGGUCUUGGACCCGAUUUUAGUAAUUUAACUCACCCGAGAUCCUUGGGGUAAUUUAUUUGGAGUCGAGAGGUCAUUCCCGCGGUCACAGACGUGGAAACGUGGAGGGGGAGCGGUGCUCCGGUCGUUGGUUGGGUGUUAUUUACUGGGCUCCCGCCGUGCGCGCGGCCCUGGAUUGGGUACCCGCCGCGUGCAGAGAUCUGGACUGGAUGCCCACUGUGUGCAGAGCACCGGUCCGGGCGUCGGUGUGUGCAGAGCGCUGGACCGAGCGCAUGCUGCGUGCGGAACUCCGGACCGGGCACCCGCCGUGUGCGCGGUUCUGGAUGAGGUGCCCAUUACGUGCCCAGCGCCGGUCGGGGCGCCUGGGUGUGCGCGAGGCCGGGAGAAUACAACGGGAGCCGGAGGCGGGGUAGAUAUUCCCUCCCCUCCCCCCGGCACGCCCCCUCCCCCGGGGCGUCGCUCCGUUCGGGGCCGGUCUCGGCCGGGGGGCUCGGACCCCCCGGGGCCGCCGGCUGGAGCUCCCUUCCGCGGCCCCGGCCCGUCCCCUCACCCGUAGCCCCCCAGCUGACCGGCUCCCGCCCCCAGGCCCCCCCGACAGGUGCACGCACAGGCGCGCACGCACCCCCUGCUCCUUUUCCAAACUCUCCCUCCUUUUCCCGGCCCUCCCCAGAGCGGGUGUCGUCCGCGCGGUCCACCUGCCUGUGCUCGGCGGGCGGCCGGGGGCUGACGCGAAACCCCCAGUCGCCGGCCGAGCCCGGACCGCGGGCCGGGGGUCAUCCCGAGAGGGCUCGAGGCGGUCGGGCCGGAGCGGACGCCGGCGGGCUCCGCCUCCCCACCCCGGCCUCGGACGGCGGGGACGGGAGCGGUGGGGUUGUCGGCCGGCCGCGUGGCCUUUCCGAGCCGGGGCGUCGGGCGGGGGUCCCGGCCCCGGUCCCCCGCCCCCACCCCCCGAUCGGCAGCGGCGGGCGGGCAGGGGGCGGGCCCUCAGGGACUACCCAUCCCGUGGCUGAGGACCAGACCCUCCGUGGGGCCGGGGGGGGGGGGCUCGUCUUGGUCGUCGGUCCUCCCGCCCCGGGCAGCGCGCGGGGAGAGCCCCCCUCUCCUCCCCGCAUACCAGCAAUCAGCCCCGGGGUCAUCUGCCUUCCGGCCCCUCCAUCCAACUGCCCCCUGCAUCCUCUCGCCUCAGCGGAGAAAGGAGAGGAGGGAGACCCCGUCAUCCCUCUCUCUCCUCCCCUCGUUCAUCUCCAGCCUCCCUUCUCUCUCAUCCCUUCCCGAUUCUUCCUCUCCUUCCUCCUCCUCUUCCUGGGCCCUCCGGCGUACUCUUGAUCCCCCGGCGCCCACCGAGGCGUCUGGGACUGCCGCCCUGUGCUCGGGGUCCACGUACCCCGCCUGUACACGCAUCCUUCCUCUAGGCCUCCGAAGGCCAGCACACUCGCACUCCUAGGCUCACUCUUUUGGCCGUGCACGUUUCACUUACACAUCUUGAUCACCUGUGCGCGCCCGCCCGGCGUACGCAGCGCCCGUUCCUCACCCUUACUGUUGGCCCCGUGUGCCCGGGCUGGGCCAGCUCCUCGUCGUAGUACGCUCUCCCCGCGUCCCCAGAGCCCGCUCCCCACCGUGGUACGCUCGCCCCCGUGUACACGGCGCAGCCCCCGUGCGCUCGCCCCGGGGCGCCCACCCCACCGCACUCGGCCCCGCGCUCUCCCUCCCUCUGUUUUCUCUCGUUUUCGAGUAAGAAGGGCGACGCUCCACGUCAUCCUCGGGCGCGCUCUGGACCCGCCUCGCCCGACUGCCCGCUUUUUUUGGAUCCGUAAAACGGAGGCGCAGACUCCCCGUCCCAACGGGCCCCCGGCGCCUCGCCACCCCCACCCCCGUCCCGCCCAGGGCCCCCAGUUGCAGACCUACUAUCGGAGUGCCUGAGCUGUCGACUGGGCCGCCGUAGGUUUCCCCGAUUUUCGAUGUCGUUCGCGUGUUCCCGUAUUUAUUCGUUUAUUUAUUUUGAGAAUUCCGAAGCGCGGAGAAGCUCCUCCAGCCAGCCAGCCGCCCCUGCCCCCCGCCAAGGCCCCGGGCCGGGCCAGCCCGGGCGCUGACGGAUUCCUGCCGGGAGGCCCCGGGGGGAGAGGGGCUCGGGGUGGCCAUUUGGACUUUUCUGGGGUCCCGGGGGACGCCCAGACUCGACACCAGCACUAACUGCCCUCGAUCGAAUGCUGCUCCGCCUCCUCCUCCUCCUCCUCCGGCCCGCGGGGUCUUGCUCUCUCGGGCCUAACUCGUACCCAGACCUGUCCGUCCGCCGCCUCUGUCCUUCUCCUCCCGCCCCGGCCUCACGCUGCGGGAGCCCGGGGGUCCUCGGGGUGGGGGAGGCGCGGAACCCGGCCGCGGACCCUCGCGGACGGGGGACCAGAAUCGACCGGCCCAUCAAGCCGCCCUCGCUUCCUUCCCCCCUCCAACCCAAGGGGAGUGAGGUUGGUUUUCCAGGCCCGGUGAUGGGAACUAGCCACGUUGCUGAGGGAGAUCCGGGGGGUGGGAAGCGAGCGGGCGGGUGGACAGGGACGGCUACUGUCCGGUGGGCGGCGACUGGCAUUUCCUGCCCCUCCGAGACCACCCUGAGGGGCAGGGCGCAGAGUCGAACCUCACCUCCCUCCCCCCCCCCCGCCCCUCUCCGCCCUGGAAACCCCGGAAGAGCGGCUGCGGGACGGGGACGGGGUCCGGAAGCCCACCGACUCGGAGGAGCGGCGAGGGGGCCGGUCGGUCGUAUUUACUGAGCGCUUCCUGUGUGCAGAGCACCGUAGUAAGCGCUGGGGAGAGUCCGUACAACAGACACUCCCUGCCCGCAAGGGGCCGUCGGGCUAGGCCGUGUGACCUUGGGCUUCCUCUGUUCUUCACAACGGCAAAUCCCGAGCACCUGUGCGCCGAGAGGGCGAGAAGAGAUGGACCCCUGCCCUCCGGGGCACAAGGACGCCCAGGGGGAGGCCGCCCCCGGGGCAGGGGGGUGGGGGACACCCCUCUCUCCUCCCGUCACCCGCCCCCUCCCCACCUCCUCCCACCCCAACCCGCCGCCGUGGUGCCAGCGACGUAAUCGGCUGUGGCCCGAGCGGAUGGGGGCCCCCGGGGUUGGGGCCCGGCGCCCGCCCCGUCCGCCGCCAGGCCCGCCGUCCCUCCACCAGGACCAGCGCGACUGUGAUAGACCCCCCGCCCGACACACGCUCCGUCCCCCUUUCCUCGUCUCCCCCACCCCUCUCCCUCUUUCUGUGUGUCGCCCCCCCCGCCCCAACCCUCCAACUGGGGUCUUUGGAGAGGACACCUUCCCCCCACCCCGGGCUCCCGCCCGGGGAUCAGGGGACGAUAUUCCAAACUGGCGGCCCUCUCUUCCCCGACCGGUGCCGGCCUUUCCGACCCGCCGUUCCCCGAAAGGUUUCUCCCGGUUGUACGUCUGCAAUAAAGGACUUCUCGUCA